GUUUAAAAGUGUGUAGCAAAAUUUCUUUCUCGUCAAGGUGUAGAAAAAGCAUAAGCCAUCAGAAAGCUAGGUUGAUUCAGUUAUUUUCAGUUUGGAAGAGAAGGGAGAAAAAUGAACAGGAAGAAAACAACCACACAAGCAGAAGCAGAGGUUGAUGAGCUUUUGAAAGCUGUCCAGGACGACAUGCUUCUCAAUCUCUCUCUCAAUUCCCACCUCGCCCGUGUCUCUCCUAACUACAUCGAUUCCGAUCUCGACACUCGAUUCCGAGCCCUCAAAUCCACACCCUCUAAAUCUACUCAUACCAAACCUAGCCCUACUUCAUAUGCCACCGCCGAUCCUCCGCCUCAAUUGCCGAAUCAAACCCUAGAUCCUCAACCGGACCCCGAACUAAAGGCCGUUCUAGGGGACGACCUCUCCGCCCGAUUCGCCAAACUCAGAGCUUCUUUGUCUCAGUCGCCCGCGGCCCCGAUCUCCGGCAGUGGCGGCGGUGGUCCCAAUACAUCCAUGGAGAGCUUUGAUGAAGAUGAAGAGGAGGAUGAAGAUGAAGAUGAUGAGGUUGAGAAGUUGAUUCGGUGGGCUAAGGACGCCGCUCGUCUCGAUCCAUCUCCGCCCUCCGACGAAGAUGACUAUGAAGAUUUUGAUCGUAAAUAGUAGUGUUUUUAUUAUCAGCAAGGUGGGGCGCCUGAGCUUCACCAUCCAAAGGGGAAGAAGAAGCAGUAGUACUGUUCACGCAGGGCUACCAAAAAUCAUGUCACCAAAGAUGAGAAUGGCCAACAGUUGCAGUAACCGCCCUAUUUAUUAGAGGAGGAUUUUCCCAAGAUCUGGAGUGGAGGUUAGAGCGAUAUUGUUCCAAAUGAUGUAAGUUACCACUCUUAGAGGAGGCAAAUAGAGUCUUUUAAGUAAAAAUCACAGAACAGAAAAAGAUAGAGGUUCAAGAGAGCAAUUUGUGCCUAUGAUGAAGCUAGCUUGGUAUUUACUUGAUGAGGUGCACGAGUAAGGGCGUGCAUCAUAUGUGCAGAAUUUUAUAUAGAAUUGCUCAUUUCCAGUUGCGUUGCUGUCUCCUCUUUUGAGUGGAAAGAUAUUGAAAGCUUACUAAACUAGGAAUUAAUUUCCGAAACAAAUAAAAGAAAUUGACUAAUAACUGGUUCAUCACAUACAAUUUUUAUUUGACUGGGCACUGAAAGUGUAUUUAUUUAAUCAUCAAAUUAAUAUUACACAUUUUGGCUUGUUACCA